CCCGCGACUGUAAUCAUGGAUCGAGCCUUUUUAAACGUGAUGAUCCUCAGCUGGGGAUUUAUGCUGGUCUUCACCGCAUUUCAAACGAUGGGCAAUGUAGAGAAAACUGUCUUAAACAGCAUCUCGGACGAAUUUGAAGACUUCCAUGGUAAUGCUUAUGUCAGCCUGGCCAUAAUCUAUGCCAUGUUUGCGACCUGCAACUGGUUGGCACCGUCCUAUAUUUCCGUGACAGGGCCACGUGUGGCGAUAAUUACAGGUGCCUGUUGUUAUGUCCUGUUUAUCGCCUCGUUCUUCUGGCCGCACGAUGCUCUGUUGUACAGCAUGUCCGCUAUUGUCGGGAUCGGCGCCGCUCUGAUGUGGACUGGUCAUGGACAAUAUCUAACAGAAAACAGCGAUAACGAGACCAUGUCACGAAAUGCUGGUAUAUUUUGGGCGAUUUUCCAAACAUCGCAGUUCGUCGGCAAUCUGUUCGUCUUCUUCAUCUUCACGAAGUCCGAAAUUGACAAGGAGCAACGCACAAUCGUAUUCAGCGUGCUAACUGGUCUCGCGGUAAUCGGCACUGGGGUGCUGCUCGUACUGAGAAGAUCGCCACAGAAGUCGUUAUUGGGUGAGGCCGAGGGGGUGUCUAACGCUGACAAAGAACUGCGUCUGCCGGAACCAAGGCGUGAGAAACCGCUACUGGCCGCAUGGAACGCCUUUUUGGAUGCAAUUAGGCUCUUCUUCACAUUGAAUAUGCUGUUAUUAUCAUUGACGUUCAUCUAUACAGGUCUCGAGCUUACCUUCUAUUCCGGUGUAUAUUCUAGCAGUAUUGGCUUCGUGAAGGCAUUAGGUGAGGAUCGCAAGAAAUUGGUGGGACUAUCCGGUAUCUUCAUUGGUGUUGGCGAGGUCGUGGGCGGCGCGGUCUUCGGCAUUCUAGCGUCCAAGAUAUCUGGUAAAUGCGGUGGCUGGCCGGUGGUACUCACUGGUCUGACCGUACAUCUAUUCGCCUUCAUCAGCAUCUUCUUGAAUCUACCAAACGAUGCGUCGUUCAAGGACACAGACAACAUGGGCUACAUUGAAACGUCAAAGAUUCUCGCAUUAGCAGGCAGUCUUGCUCUGGGUUUCGGCGACGCCUGUUACAACACGCAGGUCUACUCGUUGCUGGGCGUCCUAUUCGCCAAAGAGAGCGCGUCAGCCUUCGCUCUUUUUAAAUUCUGCCAAUCUGUCGCAGCGGCCAUUAGUUUCUCGUACAGCACUGAGGUGGGAUUGCAUGUACAACUCGCGGUGCUUUUCGUGACUAUAUUCAUCGGUACGGGGGCCUUCUGCUAUGUCGAAUACAAAGUAAAAAAAUCAAGGAACGAAUCCCCACAGGAAAUUGAUCCAGCAUUGGUCGACGCCACAAGCGGUGAAGAUUGA